UAGAAUGGCACAUUAUCGACAACCCCUGCGAACUGGUACUUGCAGGACGAAUCGCAGAAGAGCUCGGUAUCAUAAAGUUUGACGCCAAACCAACAGUUUUUCAACCUGUACAAAUGAUACACUCGACUGACAAUAAAGAAACACUGCAAAACAUUUUGCAACAGUUCCCACAAAAUUUCGAAGGCUUGGGGAAGUUGAAGAACCACCAAGUCAAGCUACAUGUAGACACCAGCAUCAAGCCAGUCACCACACCUGCCAGACCAGUGCCAUACCACCUGAAAGAACGGGUCACAAAAGAAAUCGAAAAGAUGAUUAAACAAGACGUAAUCGAGGAACACCCAGCCACCAAACCAGCUCCAUGGAUCUCCAAUGCCGUGAUAGCGCCGAAAGCUGAUGGAGCAAUACGUAUGACACUUGACGCUCGUAACGUCAACAAAGCCAUACAAUCGUCCAACUUACCCAUCCCCCGGCAAGAAGACAUCAAAGCCAAGCUCAGUGGAGCAAGUGUGUUUUCAAAGAUGGAUUUCAAAUCGGCUUUCUGGCAACUAGAACUGCAGCCGGACUCGAGAUAUUUGACAGUCUUCCACGCAAAUGACAAACUAUACCGAUAUAAACGUCUCACCAUGGGAGUAAAGGCCUGCACAAGGAGAACUUAAUAUGGCUCUUCAACCUUUGUUUGCAAACAUCCCCCAAGCACACCUUAUCCAUGAUGACCUAAUCGUGGCAACCACAACAAACACAGAACACAACGAAGCAAUCGAAGCCGUCAUGAACGCCAUAUCAAACGCCGGUAUUACACUAAACCCGGAUAAGUGCACGUUCGGAGUACCAGAAAUCGGAUUCUGGGGCCUACGUAUUGGAUCAGACGGCGUACGACCCGAUCCUGCCAAAGUUGAAGCUCUUGACCAUAUGACACCACCACAAUCCAAGGAAGAGUUGACCAGUUUCCUGUGUAUGAUGCAGUCUAACUCAGAUUUCAUCCCCAACUUCGCUCAGUUAGCGGCUAAACUGAGAGAAUUAACGAAGAAACACGCCAGAUUCGUGUGGAACACAGAAUACCAAACAGCCUACGAAGUCCUGAUUGCGAGAUUCAAGCAAAACACGCUGCUUCAAUACUUCGAGAUGAGUACACAAACGUUUCUAUUUACGGAUGCACACCAGACAGGGCUCGGGGCGAUGUUAGCACAAGGAGACAGCAUCGAGAACGCACGACCAGUGGCGAUAGCAUCGAGAACGACCAACGCAGCAGAGCAAAGAUAUCCGCAAAUUGACUUGGAGGCACUCGCAAUCGAUUUUGCUUUGAGAAGAUUUCGACAGUAUAUCGUGGGUUCCCCUACCAAGAUCCAAGUGAUAACGGAUCACCAACCUCUCUGCUCGAUUUUCAAUGGAAAGCGCCAAGGGUCCAUCCGAACUGAAAGAAUCAAGCUCCGCCACCAAGACAUACGUUUUACCGUGACAUAUCAGCGUGGGAAAAUCAACCAAUCCGACUACCUCUCACGACAUGCAAAACCAAUCGAAGCUGACGCGCGAGGAACGGCAAGAAGCCGACGACCUCAACAACCUACUGUAUAUGCUUCACACCACCCCGAUCAUAGACUGCAUGGGUAUUGGAACUAUCGCACAAGCUACCCAGAACGAUCCAACCCUCAAAAAGAUUGCAACACUUGUCAACCAGGGGUUAACCUGGAUUGA